ACGAAUGACGUAGGACCCAAACAGGAAGUGCUAAUAUCUUACAAGUGGACACAACGUGAAAGUCAAGUGAAGGCAAAACGCUAUUCAUGGUGAAAGAAACCCACAAAUAAACAUGUAGUUUGUUGCAUCUUGAAGUUAUUUCGACGUGUUCUCCUGUUAGUGAGUUCUACCCCGGAAGGUGAAGCUUUGAGGCGAUGUUUCAGGCUGCAGCUAAAACGCUUUGGGUUGCAUCAACCUCUUCAAGGGGAGCACUGACAGCUCUUCGACACUACUGUAAGAAGACAACAUCAAAACUAAGAGUGUCUGAAGCUGUCUCAGGAACUGAAGUAGGAAGGAAAAUCAAAGUACAGGGCUGGGUUCGCUCUGUAAGACCUCAGAAGGCAAACCUCUUUCUCCAUGUGAAUGAUGGGAGCUCUCUGCAGUCAUUGCAGAUUGUCGCCAGUUCAGAGCUGAGUAAUCCGUCCCUCACGUUUGGCUCAGCCAUUGAGGUUACUGGUACUCUCAAGAAAAGUCCAAACCAGAAACAGCCUGUUGAACUUGAAGCUGAGCAAAUCCACGUAGUUGGAGAAUGCAACCCUGUGGAUUUUCCCUUUAAAAUCAAAGAGAGACACAGCCUUGAGUAUCUCCGUCAGUAUCCUCAUCUCAGGUGUAGAACGAACGCCUUUAGCUCCUUGCUGAGAGUAAGGAGUGAGGCCACUACAGCAAUUCACUCAUAUUUCAAGGAGAAUGCUUUUGUGCAGAUUCACACUCCAGUCAUCACCUCAAACGACUGUGAGGGAGCAGGGGAGCUCUUUCAGGUUGAGUUAACCUCUACACCUCAGUUAUCACCUCAGCCUUCAGGUCCAGAGAAUAAUGAAGAUGAGAACUUCUUCUCAGUCCCGGCCUUCCUCACCGUCUCUGGUCAGCUUCAUUUGGAAGUGAUGUCAGGGGCUUUUUCUAAAGUCUAUUCAUUUGGGCCAACGUUUCGUGCAGAGAACUCUCAAAGCAGACGCCACCUGGCUGAGUUUUAUAUGGUGGAGGCCGAGGUCGCCUUCACACAGUCCUUGGAGGAUCUCACCAGGGUCAUGGAGGACAUGUUCCGGUCGGCCACAGAGCAUGUGUUGGCUCACUGUGCGGAGGAUGUGGAUUUGUUUCACAAGCAUGUGACUCCUGGACACAGGGAAAUUGUAGAUUCCAUGCUGAAGAAGAAAUUUCCUGUGAUAACCUACAGUGAGGCUAUUGACAUCCUAAACCGCUGCUCUGAGAAAUUUGCCUUCCCAACACAUUGGGGUUGUGACCUUCAGACAGAACAUGAAAAGUACCUGGUGAAACAUUGUGGCAACAUUCCAGUCUUUGUCACUGAUUAUCCUUAUAAUCUUAAGCCUUUUUAUGCAAGAGACAACCAGGACCAUCCUGAGCAUACAGCAGCUGCAGUGGACCUUCUUGUGCCAGGAGUUGGAGAGCUCUGUGGGGGCUCGCUGAGAGAGGAGAGGUUGGAUCUGCUGAGGGCUCGGCUUGAAGAGGUUGGAUUAGAGGAGACGUACAGCUGGUAUCUGGAUUUAAGACGCUUUGGCUCUGUCCCUCAUGGUGGCUUUGGACUGGGAUUUGAGCGAUAUCUUCAGUGCAUACUCGGUGUGGAAAACAUCAAAGAUGUUAUUCCUUUUCCUAGAUUUUCCCAUUCGUGUCUUCUUUGAAACAAAGUUCAAGCCUAAUGGAUUGUUUUUUUUUUAAAGUCAGUGAACAUUGUUUUUUUUCUGCCUGAAAAACAUCAAAUAAACACCAUGCUUAAU